GCAGCGGCAGCAGCAGGAUGAGCUCGGACGGGGGCGGGCGGCCCGUCAAAGUGGGCUCCCUGGUGGAGGUGAUCGGGAAGGGGCAGCGCGGCACGGUGGCCUAUAUCGGCAACACGCUGUUUGCCUCCGGAAAAUGGGUGGGAGUCAUCCUGGACGAGGCCAAGGGGAAGAACGACGGCACCGUGCAGGGCAAACGCUACUUCACCUGCGAGGAGAAUCACGGGAUAUUUGUGAGACAAUCGCAGAUCCAGCUGGUUGAUGAUGGGGCGGACACGACGUCGCCGGAGACGCCGGAGCCCAGCACUGGCAAGGUUCCCAAACGAGAGAUCCUGGAGACGCCCAAGUCCACAAAACUGCGAGGAGUCAAGCCCAAAAAGGUGGUGCAUGUUUCUCUAACCUCGACUCCUGCACCCCGGAAGACCACGGCCAGAAGGCCCAAGCAGCCCACCCGGCCUGCAGGAGGGAAAGGAGCUGCGUCUGGCUCGGCCUCGGCCUCUGCUGGGGAGAUGAGUAGCAGCGAGCCCAGCACGCCGGCCCAGACCCCUCUGGCAGCUCCAGUCAUCCCCACCCUCCACUCCCCUGGAAACCCUCCGCCCCCCGUCCCCAGCAAGGAGGAGGAGGCGCUGCGUGUUCAGGUGAAGGACCUGGAGGAGAAGCUGGAGACGCUGAAGAUGAAGCGGACGGAGGACAAGGCCAAGCUGAAGGAGCUGGAGAAACACAAGAUCCAGCUGGAGCAGCUGCAGGAGUGGAAGACAAAGAUGCAGGAGCAGCAGGCCGAGCUGCAGAAACAACUCAAAGAGGCGAAGAGGGAGGCAAAAGAAGCCCUGGAGGCGAAGGAGCAUUACAUGGAGGAGAUGUCGGACACAGCGGAUGCGAUUGAGAUGGCGACUCUGGAUAAAGAGAUGGCUGAGGAGAGGGCAGAGUCUCUGCAGCUGGAGGUCGACUCCCUCAAGGAGAGAGUGGACGAGCUCACCAUGGACCUCGAGAUCCUGAAGCACGAGAUCGAAGAGAAAGGUUCGGAUGGCGCUGCGUCCAGUUACCAUGUGAAGCAGCUAGAGGAGCAGAACGGCAGACUGAAGGAAGCACUCGUCAGGAUGCGCGACCUGUCCUCGUCAGAGAAGCAGGAACACGUGAAGUUGCAGAAGCAGAUGGAGAAGAAAAACGUGGAGCUGGAUUCUUUGAGGUGCCAGAAAGAAAAGCUGCAGGAGGAGAUGACCGUGGCAGAAAAGACGAUCGACGAGCUCAAGGAGCAGGUGGAUGCAGCUUUGGGGGCGGAGGAGAUGGUGGAGAUGCUGACGGAGAGGAACCUGGACCUGGAGGAGAAAGUCAGGGAGAUGAGAGAGACAGUCACUGACCUGGAAGCCAUAAAUGAGAUGAACGAUGAGCUGCAGGAGAACGCCAGAGAGACGGAGCUGGAGCUGAGGGAGAUGUUGGACCUGGGCGGCGCCAGAGUCCGAGAGGCCGAGAAACGUGUUGAAGCUGCACAGGAGACUGUAGCUGAUUACCAGCAGACCAUCAAGAAAUACCGGGAACUCACAGCUCACCUGCAGGAGGUGAACAGAGAGCUCACCAGCCAGCAGGAAGCGUCCGCAGAGCUGCAGCAGCAGCCGCCCGCAGAGAUGUUUGAUUUCAAGAUUAAGUUUGCAGAGACGAAGGCCUACGCCAAGGCCAUUGAGAUGGAGCUGAGGAAGAUGGAGGUGGGUCAGGCCAACAGACACGUUUCUCUUCUGACCUCCUUCAUGCCCGAGUCCUUCCUUCGUCACGGCGGAGACCACGACUGCAUCCUGGUGCUGCUGCUGAUCCCCAGACUCAUCUGCAAGGCCGAGCUCAUCAGCAAACAGGCCCAGGAGAAGUUUGACUUGAACGAGAACUGCGUGGAGCGAGCCGGGCUGAGGGGAGGCGUCGGGGAGCAGCUGAGCUUUGCUGGCGGUUUGGUUUACUCGCUCAGUCUGCUGCAGGCCACACUGCAUAAAUACGAGCAGGCUCUGGCUCAAUGCAGUGUGGACGUCUAUAAGAAGAUCGGGUCUUUAUAUCCGGAGAUGAGUGUCCACGAGCGAUCUCUGGAUUUCCUCAUCGACCUGCUGCACAAAGACCAGCUGGACGAGACCGUCAACGUGGAGCCGCUCACCAAGGCCAUUAAAUACUAUCAGCACCUGUACAGCAUCCACCUGGCAGAUCAGAACGAGGACUGCACCAUGCAGCUGGCUGAUCACAUCAGAUUUACCCAGAGUGCCUUGGACUGUAUGGCGGUGGAGGUCGGUCGUCUGCGGGCGUUCCUGCAUGCGGGUCAGGAGAAGGCCGACCUCGCCGUGCUGCUGAAGGACCUGGAGACGUCCUGCAGCGACAUCCGACAAUUUUGCAAGAAGAUUCGGCGCAGGAUGCCGGGAACCGACGCGCCGGGCAUCCCAUCAGCACUCAACUUCGGCCCACAGGUGUGCGACACCCUGUCAGACUGCAGGAAACACCUGACCUGGGUGGUGGCGGUGCUGCAGGAAGUGGCGGCCGCUGGAGCUCAGAUGAUGUCGCCUCUCGGUGAACAGGAGGGACUGUCCGCCGUCAAACUGGAGGAUGUGGCGUUCAAAGCAGGAGAGCAGAUUUACGGAUCCCAGGGCGCCAACCCCUACGAGUGUCUGAGGCAGUCCUGUGGCAUCGUCAUCGCCACCAUGAACAAGAUGGCCACCGCCAUGCAGGAGGGAGAAUAUGACUCCGAGAGGCCUCAGAACAAGAACCCACCACCUGUGGAUCUGAGGGCGGAGGCUCUGCGAGCUGAAAUCACCGACGCUGAAGGUCUGGGGAUGAAGCUGGAGGACCGAGAGACGGUCAUCAAAGAGCUGAAGAAGUCGCUCAAGAUUAAGGGAGAGGAGCUGAGCGAGGCGAGCGUCCGUCUCAGUCUGCUGGAGAAGAAACUGGACAGUUCGUCCAAAGACGCAGACGAGCGCGUCGAAAAGAUUCAGACUCGACUGGACGAGGCGCAGACUCUGCUGAAGAAGAAAGAAAAGGAGUUCGAGGAGACAAUGGACGCUCUGCAGGCCGACAUCGACCAGCUGGAGGCGGAGAAGGCCGAGCUGAAGCAGCGAAUCAACAGCCAGUCGAAGAUGACCAUCGACGGGCUCAGAGGAACCGGCCCGUCGGGAAUCGCUUCCAUCGUCACGGGAGUCGCAGGAGCGAACAUGAUGUCCGGCGUCGGUUCAGGUUCAGGUGUCCAGGUGAUCGACUCUCCUCUGCUGACUCAGCAGAUCGAAGCUCAGAGACUCUGCAUCAAACACCUGAAGAACGACAACAACAGACUGAAGGCUGAGAAGAUGCGUGCUCAGCUCGCCUCUCUGCCUCCGCUUCAUGUGACCAAACUUCCGUCCAGAGACGGAGGUCGUCCUGAAGUGCUCUCUAGCGCCCUCUACCGCAAGACCGACCAGCUCCUGGAGACUCUGCUGCAAAUGAGUGCCAACGUCAAGGUGGUGGACAUCACUGGGAAAUCUCCAGUGACACCUGGUGCUCAGCUCCUGGAACAGACAGCCAGAUUACAGUCUCUGAGUGACACUCUGGGCAGACUGAAGGAUGAAGUGGCGGAGCACGUGGUCCACCAGCAGCCUGGAGCUCGAGUCACGUCUGACUUUGCAACGUUCCCGUCGACCUCGUUUGUAAAGGCGAAAGAGGAGAAGCAGGGCGACACGGUGCUGGUGGGUCGGGUCAUGGUGCCGUGUUCCCGCGGCCAGGAGCAGGUCCACCGCCUCGUCCUCUCACAGACUCAGCUGCAGAGAGUUCACAGUCUGCUGCGGACCUAAAGUCCACCUGAGAAUCUGCCUGCUGCACCAAUACACCACCACCACCACCCAAUAUCAGCUUGGCAGCCUGGUUUUCCACUCCAGGGCCAAACAAGUCAAACCAGGAGGUAUUUAAGAUUGCAACCUGCAGAAAAUGAUCUGCGACAGUCAGGGCUGCAGUUUGAGACCAGUCACAUCUCAAGAUCACUUCACUUCAGUAAAUUCAAUUAGUCAAUUAUAAUUAUAUAUAUAAUUACUGAUGCUUUAAUGUAGCAGCUGUUAAAAGUGGGACUAAAUUUAAGCUAUAAUUCUAAUUUGUUAGUAGAUUAUUAAAACUAAAUAUAAUCAACUAAGUAACUUCAUCUGUCAGACAAAUGUAGUCGAGUAAAAACUACAACAUUUAAAAAGUAUAAAGUGAAAAUAUAAAGUUGCAUGAGAUGGAAAUACUAGAGUUAAUGUAGUUAAGUUCCACCACUAUGCACAUGACAGUAAGAUGAAUAUAUUUGGGUUUUGGACAGUUGUUUUAUCAGCAUAAAUAAAUCUGUAGAUGAUUCGUUAAACAAUCAAAAUAGUCACUACUUUAAGGCCUAAUCGCAGUAGUUGUUAGAACACAUUUAUUUUGUUCCUAAAAACUGAGUAAAUUGUUGUGUAAGAAUAGUUAUUGGACUCAAAUGAAAUUAACUCUUUGAAGUGACCUGCUGCUCUCUGCUGCAGCCCUUUUACUUAAUAACAGGAUGAGACGAUCUCCAUCCUCAUAUCUGACACGUUUACAUUUUGUUUUAUUGCCAGAGGAAGUAGAGAUACUUGUAACUGCAUGCUGCCUGUUCUCCAAUUUCUUUGUUCCAUAGAAUAUUUAUCACACUCCUGUUUGUCCCUGGUGUGGAACCUGCAGUGUUGUUUAUGAGGCCAGAACAUGACUGAAUGUCGCUCCACGUUUCUAUGUUGCACUGUUGAAGCUACGCAGUAUUAGAAGGAUCAUGACUGUGUUUUUAAUCAGGUGUCACUGUUGUGUGCUCCAUUUUUAUAACUUAACUGUUUAAAGGGAAGGAACAAUUAUGUGAUUUAGAAAUGAUACUUAAAAAAAAAAUUUGUCCAUUUAAAGUAGCGGAUAUUUUACUGUGGUUUUGAUCAAAGAGACUUUUUUGCACAUUUAACAAGUCCUGAGUGAGCGGAGGAACCACAGAGGAGAGAGAAAUCCUGCACAUUCGUUUUACUUGGAUGCAACUUCUUUUCACUGACGGUCUGAUUCUAAAGACCAAAUCGUUUGAGAGCAAACUACAGAAUGUGUUGAGGAUUUUGUAUUUUCCUCUGUGGUUUGAUUGAAAGCUUGUGGACUGCACAGAAAAAAGAAGCUAAUUAACCUCAAGGCAUUUACUGUGUAAAACGCAGAGAAAAUUCUUUUGCAGAUUUUUCAUGUUUAUUUAAAAACUAAGAUGAAGCAUUUUAUGGUUUAAAUUAUUUAGUAUUUAUUACACUUGUGGUGUAAAUUCCAGUAAGUUGUUACCGUCAAAUUUUACAUGCUCGGUUUAAAUGACACGCUGGUUAUAUUGGUGAAGUUACUGAAUUACAAAAAUCCAGAAAUGUGUGUUUGCAUUACCUUUUGUUCUGCUGAGAGUCCUUUUGCUGUUUCAAACUUUGUCCGAGCCUUAAACCUGCAGAGAGCCUUGUGGUAAAGAGCGGUCACCUGCCUUAUGUUUGAUUUGUUUUCAGACCAAACUCUGUUUGAAGCAAAACUACAUCUUUGCCAAAGAAUCUUUGUUUCUCUUCAUAUUUGCCAUGGUUGAUUUUUUUUUUUUUUUUUUUUUAAAGGUUUUAUUUUAAGUUAAUUAAUCCAUGCUAAUUAUUUUAUUUAACCAUUUGUUAGGUUAUUUAUGUUCUCAUUGUAUUGUCAUGACUUGAAGUUUUGAUUUAUGAUUAUUUUAAUUGAUGGGCAUAGUGCAUCUACGUACAUAAGGGUAGUUUAAGAGGGGAAAAUGCGGACAUUUCUUAUUUAGUCAUGAUGUUAUUUAUCUGUGCAGCUGAUGUACUGGUUCUGCAGCUUGUCUAACUUGUCUUAUCCCUCGUGUGGCUUCUUGCUCUUGCACAACAGAUAACUGAUCAAUAAAGACAUUAAAGCCA